ACAUGAAGAUAGUAUUUUUUUAGAAAGGAACCUACACGAUAGACUAUAGAGUGGAAGAGUGGGAAAAACACACACCAUGUAAAUGAAGGAAAAAUUGAUCAGUAGCGUCUUCAAAUUCCAAAAUUAGUUACUCCCUACGAACUCUUCCGUCUCAUUUGGAGUCUCUCGAUUCAGUUUCUUGCAAAAAUGGAGAGUUUGCAGAUACAAGAAGCGACUAAUUUGCCUUUCAUCGGUUGAGGAAUAUGAGCAAUCAAAGCAAAAUUGGCUCAUUUAAUUUCCUUCUUCAUGACUCUGUAUUCAUCUCCCCCUUUUUCUGUCUCAAUCGGGGGAGAGAUACAGUGUUGAGCCAAAAUGAAAAACCGCGGCCUCAGAAAGGUUUCUGCUAAAUGGGUUCCUUUCUUUUGCCUCGCUUUCUUCCUCUUUGGGAUGCUUCUCACUUCCAGUGGCAGGAUGUGGACGCCAAAGCAAUCGGAUUCACGCCUUGUUUCCCGGCUACAAAAUGAACAGCAACAACUCUGGAGUGUUUCUGAAGGCAUCACUACGAAUCAGAAAUCUAUGGAGGACAAGAGAGUGUUGGCGGAGUUUCACAAAACACAGGCAGCAAUUCAAUCUCUAGGCAGGCAAGUUUCUACAUUGAAGACGGAAAUGGCUGCAGCUCGGAAGGUUACUCCUCCUGACAUUAAUCUGCCAUCAGAUAGAAAUCAUUUCCCAAGGAAGAAGAUGUUCAUAGUGAUUGGAAUCAAUACUGCCUUUAGCAGUAGAAAGCGGCGUGAUACUGUGAGGGAGACAUGGAUGCCUCAAGGGGAAAAACUCUUGCAAUUGGAGCGCGAGAAGGGAAUUAUCAUUAGGUUCAUGAUUGGCCAUAGUGCAAAGUCCAACAGUAUCUUGGACCGUGCCAUUGACUCAGAAGAUGCUCAACACAAGGAUUUUCUAAGGCUGGAGCACAUUGAAGGGUACCAUGUCUUGUCUGCAAAAACAAAGAUUUUCUUCACCACGGCUUAUGCUAAAUGGGAUGCUGACUUCUAUAUUAAGGUUGAUGAUGAUGUCCAUGUCAAUUUAGGUGCUUUAGCUACAACUCUUGCGACUCAUCGUACUAAGCCGAGAGUGUACAUGGGAUGUAUGAAAUCUGGACCCGUUCUCUCUGACAGGAAUGAGAAAUACCAUGAACCAGAAUAUUGGAAGUUCGGAGAGGAUGGAAACAAGUAUUUCAGACACGCAACUGGACAGAUUUAUGCAAUCUCAAAUGAUUUAGCUUCUUAUAUCUCAACCAACCGGCAAAUAUUGCACAAGUAUGCAAAUGAGGAUGUUUCACUUGGAGCGUGGUUCAUUGGUCUCGAGGUCGAGCAUAUUGAUGACCACAGCAUGUGCUGCCCCACGGAACUAGAUUGUGAGUUGAAAGCACAAGCGGGGAAUGCUUGCAUUGCUUCAUUUGAUUGGAAGUGCAGUGGGAUAUGCGAGUCAGUGGAGAGAAUGAAAGAAAUUCAUGAGAAGUGCGGGGAAAAGAAUGACACUCUGUGGACUGCUUCCUUCUGACUUUCUAAAAGUUUUGGCAUAUAGAUAUAAUAUACAGACACAGAGAGAAGCUGUUCUGUUCAUUUGCAAGGAGGUAGCUAACGAAGGGGCUGCUUCUUUUUCAGCUGUUGUGGAAGCAAUGUGAGAGAGAUGAAUGAAAAUGAUUAGUGACGUUUGUUUUUUCUUGUUAUUUACACUUGCCAAUCCAUAGCCUAAUAACAAUAGGUUAUGUUUCUAAAUUCAUCUAUUGGCAUUUCUCUGUACUUAAAAUUAUAGUUCUUUGACAGUAGGGGAACUUCUUGUUCUCUAUAGCUUAAAAAAUAUGAUUUAAAGUUUCAGUUUUA